GGAAAGCCCUACUAGUCCUUUUGUGUAUGAUCCACGCGACUUCUUUUUGUUUACGUCGUCUCCUCCUCCGUUUCAGCAGAGCUCCGCCGCUGCCGCCUUAAUCUUCCGUUCGUGCCGCCGCCGUCUUAUUCUUCCGUUCUUGCCGCCGCAGUCUCAUUCGAUUCCUUACCUCCUUUUGUUACUGCCAUGGAACACGGGUCCUUCACGGAUGAGACUAAAUCAACAUUUUCUAUGGCUGAUGAAGAUCACACACUUGCAAAUUCCAUCAGAUACACUUUGAAUCAAGAUCCAAGAGUGACAUUCUGUGGGUACAGCAUCCCUCAUCCUUCAGAUAAUCGAGUUAACAUCAGGGUCCAAACAACAGGUGAUCCAGCAAGAGAGGUUUUGAAAGAUGCGUGUCAGAACUUGAUGGCGGUGUGCCAGCAUGUGAGGAACACACUCGACAAAGCCGUUCUUGAUCACAAACUCACCAAGCCUGUGGGAGACAUUAAUAUCAAAUAGAGUGGGAGCUUUCCUUCCCCCC